AUGAAUUCAAUAUUUUCUUUUGGUGAAGCAGCAAAAUUCAAGCUUCAAAAUGGUUUUCAACAUCAAAGACAUUUUUCACCUAUAAAUGAGGUUUUAAAUGUCAAGAAUGAGUCAAGAUCAAGCAUACAAAGAAGAUUUUCAAAUAUCCGGGAUGAGAAAAUAUCAGGAGAUUUGGAUGAUUUAAAGCGAAUAAUUGAGAAAUGCAUUCGGUCAAAGUCUAACCCUAGAAACUCUUCCUGGCACAAGGAUGAAGAAGAUAUCAAAAUAUUGAAUAAUGAUUCAGAAAGGAGAUAUGACAGCAAGCCCAAGCAGAAACUCAAAAAAAGUGAAUUUUUAGCUCAAAAGCCUAAUUCCGCCCCCUUGUAAGCGAAACAAAAAAAUGUUGUUAGCUCACAGAGUGGGGGUUAAUUUUUUUUUAAAAAAAAUUAUAUAUAAAUAAUUUUUGUUCCCAAAAAAGAGAGAUUUUUUCUAAUAAUUUUGUUCGCUCCAGGGAUUAACCCCCCCUCCGUGAGUGAAAAAAACCAUUAGAAAAAUCGCUAUUUUUUGCCCGAAAACCCACCCUCCGUGAGUGAACAAACAUUUUUUGAUAUAUAAGUGAUAAUUAGUAUAAUGAAAUCUAGAGCUAAUUCUGUUUAAUUUUAAACAAAUUGCUCUUAAAACAUAAAUUUUUACAAAUUAAAUUGAUAUUUGCUUUCCAAUUUUUGCGAAUUAGGAUUAUUUUAAAUUUCAAAAAAAAAAUAUUUUUUAUAAAAUUUAUAUAUAAAUUUUUUUAAAAAACAAAAUUAACCCCCCUCCGUAAGUGAACAAAAUUUUUUUGUUCACUCACGGAGGGGGGGAGUAAGAAGAAAAAACAUAAAAUACCAUCUUUAGUAAUCUCGAAUCGAACACCAUCUCCUAACAUUUUUUUGAGCAAGCCAGUUAGCUUUCCAAAUAACGCCAGAAUUUCGAAAGAUUUAGAUAAAGUUCGGCAAAAUAUAAAGCAAAGGCUGCUUUAUUUAUCAAAAUUAAAAGAUACCUCCGGCAAUGGCAGAUUUGACAAUAUGGAAAACAAUCUAGCUUCAAAUUCAUUAUUAUUAAAAUCAGUUCAACUGUUUUCGCCUAUACAUAAAAUUUCAAAAACACCUACAAGCUUCAACUAA